UUAAUUUUUGAUUGCAUAUCAUAGGAAUCAAAACCCAGCAAAGAAGGAAAGACAGCUAAGGAGUCACGUGCAGCUCCUGCGGAGAUGCAAGAAAAUGGCGAUGCUGGAGAUGAUGAGGCAAAUACUAUGUUUGGAGAGGCAAGCAAGUUCCACAAACCAGGGGAAAACUUCAAGACCCCUGGUUAUGUGUUGACUCCAAAGACUAUGACACUGCUGAAGGAACAUUUAGAGAGAACUGGUGGAAGGGUGCAAACAAGAUUUCCUCCUGAACCUAAUGGUAUUCUUCACAUUGGUCAUGCCAAAGCCAUCAAUUUCAACUUUGGUUAUGCGAGGGCAAACAAUGGAGUAUGCUAUCUAAGGUAUGAUGACACCAACCCGGAGAAAGAAGAGGAGAAAUUUUUCACAGGAAUCUUGGAUAUGGUCAAAUGGUUAGGUUUUGAGCCUUGGAAAAUCACUCAUGCCUCUGACAAUUUUGGAAAGCUGUAUGACUUUGCAGUAGAACUAAUUAAAAGGGGACAUGCUUAUGUUUGCCAUCAGCAAUAUGAAGAAAUCAAGGGGCACAACCCUCCACCCAGCCCCUGGAGGGAUAGACCAAUAGAAGAGUCACUAAGGCUCUUUGAGGACAUGAAAAAAGGAAAAAUAGAUGAAGGAGCGGCAACCUUACGGAUGAAGACCACCCUGGAGGAUGGCAAAAUGGACCCUGUAGCAUACCGCAUCAAAUUCACACCUCACCACAGGAGUGGAGAUGAAUGGUGUAUUUAUCCAACAUAUGACUUUACUCACUGUCUCUGUGAUUCAGUGGAGGAUAUCUCCCAUUCACUCUGCACUAAAGAGUUUCAGUCCAGACGUUCAUCAUACUACUGGCUGUGUAAUGCUCUUGACAUUUACUGCCCUGUUCAGUGGGAAUAUGGCAGGUUGAACUUGAGUUACACUGUUGUGUCCAAGAGAAAAAUUGGAAAAUUAAUCACGUCAGGAAUUGUUAGGGAUUGGGAUGAUCCAAGGCUGUUUACUCUGACUGCUCUAAGAAGAAGAGGUUUUCCUCCUGAAGCUAUCAACAAAUUCUGUGGCAAGGUUGGUGUGACAAUGGCUCAGACAGUCACAGAUCCACUGCUUCUGGAGUCCUGUGUGCGAGAUGAACUAAACAUCACUGCUCCUAGAGUGAUGGCUGUGCUUGAACCACUUAAAGUUACAAUCCAGAAUUUUGACAAGCAAGUCAAGCUCAGUGUACCAAACUUCCCCCAGGACCCAAGUAAAGGGAGUCACGAGAUUGCAUUUGAGAAAACUAUCUUCAUUGAACAAACAGACUUCAAAGAGGUGUCAGAAAGGGGCUUCCGUCGCCUUACUCCUGAUCAAUCUGUUGGACUUAAGUAUGCUGGUCUGGUGAUUAAACUUCAUAAAGUUGUGAAGGAUUCCAGUGGCAAAGUUGUCGAAUUGUUGGUCAACUGUGAGUCAACAGAAACAGCUCCGAAACCCAAGGCUUUCAUUCAUUGGGUAUCCUCACCAGUAAAAUGUGAAGUCAGGCUUUAUGAGAGACUAUUUAAACACAAGAAUCCUGAGGACCCAGCUGAAGUACCUGGUGGAUUUAUAACAGACUGCAACAAGGACUCUCUUACAGUAAUCCCCGAUGCACUGGUUGAGCACACAGUGAAACAAGCUGCAGUUUAUGACAAAUUUCAGUUUGAAAGAAUUGGUUUCUUUAGUGUUGAUCCUGACAGCAGUAAACAAAAGCUGGUGUUCAAUCGAACAAUCUCUUUGAAGGAAGAUCCUGGGAAACUUUAACAGACAGGUUCUGACCAUCAACAUGAAGGAAUUCACAACAUCAACAAAAUGAUCACUGGAGAACGGAAUCUACAGAUUUUAGAACCUGUACCAAAAUUACCUCAUUAGCCGAAGAGUCUUAAUUUUGACCAACCAAUGGAUGUUCCCAGGACAAAUAUUUUUGUGUAUCAACACAAUAUCAUAAUAUUUAUAAUAUUAUAUAUAUAAUAAUUCAUUACUUAAACGUAAAAUUAAAUUUUGCACUUUGGGAGUGGCCACUGGUACCAAUGUACAUUUAUUUACAAAUGCCAGUGUUUGAAAGCUUUUAGAAAAUAAGUUUCAGUAAUAGAAGUGAUCUUUUAUUAGGAUAUCUUUGUGUAUGUCAGUCUAUUUCAAUCUCUUCAUUGAUGCACGCUAAUCAAAAAUUAAAUUUAGUCUUCAAAAACUCAUAGAUGUGAUAAAUACUUCUAGGUUUCUCCACUUGAAUACUCAAGAGUAUACCGGUAACUAGAAAAUUAACUAAUAUUAAUGAUAUUGCAUUGGUUACCUCUAAUAUUGUUAGGGUGUAACUUGUAAUCCUCUAGCAUACCAUGGACAUAAUAUAUUAAACAUGAAUGACUGUGUUUGACCACUUUUCUGAGUACUGAGAAAAGAGUUGAAAAUGCAAUUAAUAGCAGAUGAUUUUUGACGAAUUUUGAGGUGUUUGGAAAUGUGGUCAAAUGCUGUCUUGAGAGUUUGAUAGAUCUUCCCAAUCAGAACCAAAAUUGAGGAGAAAACAGAAAUAAAAUCGUAAAAAUAAAUGCUAAUAAUUGAUUAGGACCAGAUAUCCAAACACCAUCACAGUCAUGAGUUCCUUGGUUUAGACUGACUUAAUAACAGGGUUCAUACGGGUCCUGGAAAACCUAGAAAGUCCUGGAAUUUUAUUGCGGCAUUUUCCGGGACUGGAAAGUCCUGUAAAAGGG